UGAACUUUUUUGGCACAGUAAUAUAUUUUAUGUCAGGUUUUUUGUUCAUAUCAAAUGGUUUUAUUAAUACAACCAUUUUUUAUAUAUAUUUUUAUUCUAUUGUUGUAUCAUUUCAAUUAUGGUGAAAGUAAAAAUUACUGCAAUUCAGAUUUUUGCAUCGACUCUAAAGAGCCUAUUCUUUGCAAUUUGCACAAUAAUGGACCGAGUAAAGAUUGUUCACAUUAUGAAAAACUAUUAAAAACAGAAAAAGACAAGCAAGAUAUUUUAAAUAAAAUUAAUCAACGAAGAAAUAAAGUCGCAUCGGGUGACAUACGUUCUCUGCCCCCUGCUGCAAACAUGCUUAAAAUGGAAUGGAACGAACAAUUGGAAAUUUCUGCACAGAGAUGGGCCGAUCAAUGUUUUAAUAGCAGUGUUAUUGAAAGGAGAGAUGUCUGUACAAAUUUAGUAAAUGAGACGGUUGGUCAAAAUGUAGCAACUAUAUACGGAGAAGCGCCUGGCUUAACAAUUUCAAGUUUGGUUGAUAUUUGGUAUAUGGAGCUUUUGAAUAUGAAUAGCUCUUUAGUGUCGCGAUACAGACCGUCAUCUCUGACACGUUUAUCGGAAUACGAUAAUUUCACUCAAUUGGUGUGGGCCGAAACGAACAGGGUCGGAUGUGCUGCUGUGAAAUUUAAGGAAAUGGAAAGAAACGAAACCGUUUAUAGAUUGGUGUGUAACUUUGCACCAAGUGGCAAUCGAUUCGGGGAUUCUGUGUACAAUGAAGGGCAAUCAUGUUCCAGAUGUCCCUCUAACCUAAGUUGCGACAGUCAAUUCAGAAAUCUGUGCUGUGCAUUUGUUAAAGGUAUCAUAAAGAAUAAUACAUCAGAACAAGUGAUUUAUGACGACCCAACAUCAAGUAUUUUCAGAGAUUUGUUUAGAACAGAGAAUAAAAUAUAUUACGAAAGCUCCACGGAAACUAUUAAUGCAUUCAAAAGCACUUCAACUCCAGAUAAUAUAACCGAAGAAGAUGCUCAGUUUGAUUUUUUAUCUGAUUUAUUUGAAAUAACAAAGGCACAGUUACUCACUGAAAGAACUACCUUAAGAUGUAAAGAUUAUUUGGCUGUCGACGAUUUUAUAGAAUUGUUGAAAAGUAAAUUGACUAAUGACCAAAUACUGAAAAAUUUACUGGCUACGUCUGCACAGACUAAUAGCCCAGAAUCUACAAUCACUGACCGCACGAUGGCAGCCAUGAUUAAUCAAAUUUAUAGUACUAAGACGACAGCCACGACGACAAAAACAACUGUAAAUGAUUAUAUUAACUCUACGCUUUUGGUUGAUCUUGUUGAAGCCGUUAUAUUCCGUCACAGCAAUCGAUUUUCAACGAUUGAUGACGUAAAGUCUUUUACACAAUAUGAACCUGAUAUAAGCGUCGUCAAAGUACAAGCGCAGACAGGUGAGGUAAAAAGUAACAAAGAGUUUACAGGACAUUUUUUUUUCCCUGAAGAAGAAGAAUCAGUGGAGACAAAUACGGAAGACGAAAACACUGAGUCAUACUAUGAUUCUGAUAAAUUGGCAGUUUCUGAUAUAUCAAUGGAAAUCGAGGAUUUGAAAAGGGACAGGAUCACAAAAGAUUUCAUAGAAGAAAUUUUGGAUUCAGAACUUGCGACGGAACUUAUUGUAAAAGAUGCAAGUUUACCGGACAUAAAUACUGAAUCAAGUCAGAAAUUAUUACUCAAUAAUAAUACAGAAAAUGAAGAGAGUGAAGUAUUUAAAAACACCGAUAAAUCAAGGAAAAGUAAGAGAGACAUUAAUUUCAUGAAAAUUAACGGUGAUUGGGUCAAGAUGACGAAGGACUGUACAUUAGUUAGAUAUAAAGAUUUACUGAGAAAUCUUGCUAAUGACUUGCGAAAACUAAAACUCCAGAACCGAUUUAGUUGCGCUCAUAGCUCAGUACAACUAUUAUCUCAUGGGCCAAUAACUAUUGCUUCAGUGGUAUGUUUUAAUAUCUGUUCUGGUUGGACAUGACAAAUAAAUUGUUAAUGAAACUGA